GAGCACGUUUGAUGAUCUCCAAAUGGAUAUCAUGGAUUAUAGUGAUGCAAAUUUCCGGCUGGUAAAGAAAAUUCAGCUUUUGUCAAAUUUGAAGCUGAUCAUACUGGUGUGGUUCCUUCUUACAUCAUACACAGAACUUGCAGACUCCAGCGACCAAACGAUGAAUGUGACCAGUUCGCUUGCAGGGGACAAUGCCUGUUUUACCUGGGACUAUGAAGUCCCGCCCUUCUUUGCAAUCGAAUGGUAUUUUGAGAAUACACAAAUUGCUGAGACAUCUGAACCAUCGUUUUCACUGGAUGUACUCCAUAUCAACAAAAAGUACAUUCGUCGUUUUGUCCUGCAAAGUCCCGGCAAUGUUGGAUUUAACAUAACACGUGUGACGAAGAAUGACGAAGGAGAUUACAGAUGCGUCGUGACCUUGAAAAGCACUGCUAUCCCGAAGGCGUUGAAAAAGAAGUUACGAGUUGAAGAUCAGCCAGCGACUAAUGGGUCUACGACUACUACUAACUCCAGUGAUGACAGUUCAGCUGAGAACCUCAAUAAAGACCCUGUUACAACCACUGUGGGAUUUCCUGUCAUCAACACUGUCAUCGCCGUCAUCACUGUCAUCGCUGUCAUCGGUAUUAUAACCUUCUGUGUAAUACGAUUGAAGAAACUAAGUCCUAAAUCAGGUCAAGCUACGUGUGGCACCAGCAACCAUGCUGAAACAGAUACAUUCCUAUAUCUGACAAGAUAGACACAAUUUUAUGGAU